AAGGUCAUGGCAAUUUAGUCAAUGGUAGCGCGAGCCAGGAAGGAGGAGUUGACGGGCAGUUCAACAGACGCUCUCCGCCCCUCUUCUCUUGCAGGACACAACACAAGCCAGUGGUGAUGCUGCACAACAAACGUCACAAGUCAUGCCAUUCUGAGGACUCAUGCCCAGGGCGUGCACCUCCUGAGGACCUGGGUGUGGAUCAGACCACAUCGGAAGAUUCCUGCCCUGGUCAAGAAAUACUGCCUGACUCGCCUUCAGCAAGCUUUGUUGUCAUUGAGGAUGUGCAGGAUAAUGACAGCACGGUAGCUGACUCAGAGGCUGGGGAGGACAAGCUGCUGUCAGGACCAAGUCUGGUGAUUGGCCAGAAUGAGAUGCUGCUGCUUGAGAUGUUUGUGAGCCGGGUGGUGCAGGAGAUGGAGACACGCUACAUCUCUCGGAUGCUGGAGAUGGACAGCAAGGUGGACGCGCUGGCGCAUCUCUGCUCGGGCAUGGCCGACAAGCUGGACGCCGUGCUCGGACGGUCUGGCGGCGCCGACGCCGACGCCGAGCAGGCCGACACUGGCCGACGCUCCAGUCUGCCGGACAUCCAGACCAAGGUGGAGUCGCUGGUCCAGCUGUGCUCCAGCCUCUCGGACAAGAUGGACGCGGCUCUGCCGGCGUGCGGCCAGCAGCGGCAGCUCGCCGACGGCGGUGCCGGUGACGCUCAGACCAGGUCGCAGGCGGAGGCCGACGGCGACGCGCCCGUCUCGCUGGUGUGCGCCGCGCGCCGCGCCGACGCGCCGGUGAUCGCGCUCAACCGCGAGUCCGACUUCCCCGACGGCUCUUGGCUGGGCGACGCGGCCAACCCGCACAUGCGCGUCCGCUGCAAGAUCCACCCGCUCGAGAUGACGCGGCUGUCGCGGCACUGCGUGUCGGCCGAGAAGCUGGCCGUCACGCUGCUGGACCACCUGUUCCCGCGCGAGGUGCUGGCGGAGUCGAACAUCUCGGGCCGCGGCCGGCACUGCAAGAAACAGCUCGACCCGCUCAUGAUUUACGGUAUUUACUGUCAUCUCGUCACGCAUCAUAACGUCACGGAGAAGGAGUGGCAGCGGAUCAAGAACAACCUGGACGCCAAGUGCAGGAGCAUGUGGAAGCGCAAACAGCGUGGCAAACCGCUCGGCAUGGGCAAAUACGUCAACAAGCAACCGAGGCGGUGGACGUGCGUGGACGAGCCGGCGGCGGCGGUGCAGUCCGGCUCGCCGGGGCUCGUGUUCUCCGACGACGCCGGUAUGGUGGUGAUGGAGACGAUGCCGGUCGGCGACGUCGUGGAGGUCGAGCACGCCGACUACCUCAACACCAUGGAGCUGGCCGACUUCAGCAGCGUUAAGGUGAUACAGACGUCGAUGGCCGGCUCUGUCCGACUGCUGGGCGGCGACAGCUCCGACCUCCUGUCCUCCAACAACGUCUCGCUGCACGAGGCGAGUGCGCGGGGCGACACCGAGCGGCUGCAGGCGAACAGUCGGCAGUUCCGCGCCGUCAUACGCGAGGACCCAAUGGACGGCAAGCAGCAGCGGCUCGUGUUCAGCAGCGUCAACGACUAAGGCGCUGCGAGACACCAGCAGGGGGCUGUGGGAGCGGAGACUGGGGGAGACGUCGGCAGGGACCAGGG